AUGAAUUGUUCUUGCAUACAACCAAGUGGGCUAGAUUUUCGCCCGAUACCAUACGCAGCAAGCAUUCUAUCAGCAGAGGGCCAAACUCUAAAGCCAACGGCGUUGCGUGGCCCUGAUACCAAAAAAGUGCAAAAGGUAUUCUUUCCGGGUCGAGAAUCGUCGGAUUAUCUCGCCGUGAUGCCCAAGACCGGCGGCCGCUGUCGGCACCGCAGGUGCUUCACCACACUGUAUCGGUGGAGUCUUUCUAGCGCCCCUACAGCGCGCCGAUGA